AUCACACAACCACGACACCUCCGUGAGACAACAUGAAAGCGUUCUUGGUAUUAGCUGCUGUGGCGACUCUCGGCUCGGCGCGGCCCGAGGCAGGGUACAGUUACAAUGCUCCCGGUGGCGGAGGCCUCGGCGGAGGUCUCGGUGGAGGCCACGGCGGCGGCCACGGCGGCAGCAUCGGCGGUGGUCACGGAGGCGGCUUCUCCUCCGGCGGCCUGAGCUCUAGCAGCUUCGGCAUUAGCGGCGGUGGUGGCGGAUUCUCAUCCGGCGGAGGAUUCUCAUCCGGCGGUGGAAUCAGCAGCGGCUUCGGCGGUGGAUUCGGCGGCGGUGCCGGCGGCGGUUUCGGCGGCGGUGCCGGUGGUGGCUUCGGAGGCGGCUCCGGCGGCGGAUUCGGCGGCGGCUUCGGUGGUGGCCCCAUUGUCCAGAAGCACAUCUACGUGCACGUCCCACCCCCAGAACCUGAAGAACAACGUCCCCAAGUGAUCUCCGGAGGUGGCGUUGCCCAGAAACACUACAAGAUCAUCUUCAUCAAGGCCCCGGCUCCUCCCGCGCCCCAAGUGCCCAUCAUCCCCGCUCAAGCUCAAAACGAGGAGAAGACCCUCGUAUACGUGCUGGUCAAGAAACCCGACGAACAGCCCGACAUCACCAUCCCCACCGCUGCCCCCACCCAGCCCUCAAAACCCGAAGUUUACUUCAUCAAGUACAAGACCCAGAAGGAGGCUGGUGGUAUUGGCGGUGGUAUCGGCGGUGGUUCUGGACUCGGAGGCGGUCUUGGAGGUGGUCUUGGAGGUGGUCUUGGCGGUGGUCUUGGCGGUGGUCUUGGCGGUGGUCUCGGCGGUGGACACGGUGGCAGCAUUGGUGGUGGAAUCUCCGGUGGCAGCAUCGGUGGUGGUAUCUCUGGUGGUAGCAUCGGCGGUGGUCACGGAGGAAGCAUCGGAGGUGGAAGCAUCGGUGGUGGCAGCAUCGGAGGCGGGCACGGUGGCUCCUCAGGUGGAGUCAGCUCCUCGUAUGGCCCCCCCGGCCAGUCCGGCCCCUAUUAAACAGCGCACAAAGCGCUUCCCAAUGUGAUACCUGCUCUGCCGGCGAACCUAGUUAUAAGUAGAGAAAAAAUUACGGUGCCUAAAUGUAUUUAUGUAAAUAGUAAUUUUAAUUAAUUUUAGUUGUAUGAUAAAGUUCUUUUGCAUAAAACUUA